CAAACCAACCAAAUCUACAACCUAGACCUAACAAACCACCCAAAUUUACAACUUGAUCAGCACAUAACCAUGGCGAAGGCACAGGCAAUGGGCGCGCUCCUGACCGUCCUGGUGAUCCUCGCCACGUCGGCCGAGAUGGCGCACGGCAUCUGCAACCUGUCGAGCACCGGCAUCCGGGCGUGCCAGCCGGCGGCGGCCAUCCGCCACCCCACCGACCAGCCCUCGGCGGAGUGCUGCGCCGCCCUGGCGGGGGCAGACCUGCCGUGCCUGUGCCGGUACAAGAACGCCGCCGGCGUGUGGGUGAGGUUCUACAGGAUCGACAUCAACCGCGCCAUGGGGCUGCCGGGCAAGUGCGGCCUCGCGAUGCCGGCCAACUGCUGAUGAUCGCCGGGGGUCAUCAGCCCAUCGGAGGCAUGCAAAUCGCUGGUAGUAAUGUAGUAUUAUAUAGCUACGAGAUUGAAUAAAUGGAGCACGUAAAAGACUGAUAUGUCUGUGCUUCUCCUGGCGCUGCACUGCAGUAUUUGAGCUGUGCGCGAGUGAGCUCUUAUCAAUCAGUGCAGAAGUGAUGUCAGAACGACUGUCUUAUGUAAUAUAUGUCUUUUAUCCACAGCAAAGUUGGGCAUAUUAAUAUGAAUGUAUGAAUUUGGCGUGAAUCUGACAGAGAUUUAUAUGUCAAAGCAAAUCUUUGUGAAA